AAGGGGUUCCGGGAUUGCAGGGGAGAAGGAGGGAGAGAGCCGGAGGGGAGAGCGAGCGAGGGAGGGAGGAAGGCAGCGAGGGAGGCGGGGGCCUCGAGAGGGUGGAAGGAGCGAGGAGAAGGGCGGGGCACGGAGGCCCGAGUGAGGGACGAGACUCCAACUCUGACUUUUCCGCCGCUCGCAUUCAGGCAUCUCCUCCGCCCCUGUGCCAACCUCUUGAAACGACCAUCUCCUGACGUCCCCCAUACCAGGCUUCCACCGCAGCCAUGUCGCUUCUCCUGCUGGUGGUCUCUGCCCUUCACAUCCUCAUUCUCAUCCUGCUUUUCGUGGCCACUUUGGACAAGUCCUGGUGGACCCUCCCUGGGAAGGAGUCCCUGAAUCUCUGGCACGACUGCACGUGGAACAAUGACAACAAAACCUGGGCCUGCAGUAACGUCAGCGAGAAUGGCUGGCUGAAGGCGGUGCAGGUCCUCAUGGUGCUUUCCCUCAUCCUCUGCUGUCUGUCCUUCAUCCUGUUCAUGUUCCAACUCUACACCAUGCGGCGAGGAGGCCUCUUCUACGCCACUGGCCUCUGCCAGCUGUGCACCAGCGUGGCGGUGUUUACUGGGGCGCUGAUCUACGCCAUUCACGCGAAGGAGAUCUUGGCCGAGCGCCCGCCGGGGGGCAGCUUUGGUUACUGCUUCGCCCUGGCCUGGGUGGCCUUCCCCCUUGCCCUGGCCAGUGGCAUCAUCUACAUCCACCUGCGGAAGCGGGAGUGAGGGACGCGCGUCUCCUGGCCGCCCCAGCCCGUUCCGGGCCCCUCCGCCUCACCCCGAAGCCCCCGCCCCCGCGCAUCCUCCAGAAAAUAAAACCGUUUAACCGUC